AUGGCGUCUGGUUACGACAGAGCUCUGUCCGUCUUCAGCCCCGACGGACACGUUUUCCAGGUUGAAUAUGCCGGCGAAGCUGUGAAGAGAGGAACAUGCGCUGUCGGCGUCAAAGGCAAGGAAGUCGUGGUGCUGGGAUGUGAGAAGAGGUCUGCGAUGAAGCUGCAGGACACAAGAAUUACGCCCUCCAAGAUCCAGGUGCUGGACCACCACGUCGCCCUGGCCUUUGCCGGCCUGAACGCAGAUGCCCGAAUCCUCGUCGACAAGGCACGGUUAGAAGCCCAAUCCCACCGGCUGUCGGUGGAGGACCCCGUCACGAUCGAGUACAUUACAAAAUACGUUGCCGGCGUGCAGCAGCGCUACACACAGGCUGGAGGUGUCCGACCGUUUGGUAUCAGCACCUUGGUGGUUGGGUUUGACAAUGGAAGCGAGGUGCCCAGAUUGUAUCAGACAGAGCCCUCUGGUAUCUACUCGGCCUGGAAGGCGAACGCUAUUGGCCGUUCCAGCAAGACGGUUCGAGAGUUCCUGGAGCGAAACUACAAGGAGGACAUGGACCGGGAGACCACCAUUCGACUAGCGAUAAAGUCCCUCCUUGAGGUGGUGCAGACUGGCGCGAAGAACAUUGAGAUUGCGCUCAUGGCCCCUGGUGCGCACAUGGAGUUGCUGCCGACGGACGAGAUUGAGGGCUACGUCAAGGAGAUUGAGCAGGAGAAGCAGGAGGAGGCUGCCAAGAAGAAGACGGGACGAACACCGGGCACCGGAAGCGCUGCCAUCCUGACGAGGAGCGGCGAUGACUCUGCUGCUGAAUAG